UCUGCGGGGUACACGAUGAGUAAGAAGCUGUUGGUGGACGUGGACUGCGGGGUGGACGAUGCUCAGGCCAUCAUGUUGGCUCUGGCCGCCCCCGACGUGAAGCUUCUGGGCGUCACCUGCGUGCACGGAAACACUGCAGUGGAGAACGUGUGCAAGAAUGUUCUGCGAGUUCUGCAAGCCUGCAACAAACUUGAGAUUCCAGUGUUUAAAGGCGCUGAUAAGCCCAUCCUUGGUAACACCAUCAGCGCAGGACUCUUCCACGGGCAGGACGGACUGGGAGACGCUCCGGACCCCCACGCUCCUGGUCUGGACCUGCUUCAGAAGGAGAACGCUGUGUCUGCUAUCAUCAGGAUUAUUAACGAGAACCCAGGAGAAGUAUCUCUGGUGGCCACAGCCCCCCUCACCAACCUGGCCCUGGCCGUGAGGAUGGAUCCAUCUCUGCCGAGCAAACUCAGAGGGCUGUACAUCAUGGGGGGCAACACUGAGUCUCGAGGAAACACCACAGUGUGUGGGGAGUUUAAUUUCACUGCUGAUCCAGAAGCUGCGUACAUAGUCCUCAAUGAUUACCAGUGUCCCACCUACUUGGCCUGCUGGGAGUUCACCUGCUACAACAAGCUGCCCUGGGAGUUCUGCGACGCCUGGUUGGUGCAGGACAGCCACAAAGCUCGCUUCAUGCAGCAGAUCUUCCACCACAGCAUCGAGGCGUCCAAAUCUGAACGCUUCGAGAAGGAGUUCUUGGCUGGCAGCGGUCUUAUUUCCUGUGACUCGUACGCCAUGGCGGCUGCUGUGGACGACUCGUUCAUCUUAGAAAGUGAUCAUUACCCGGUUAGUGUAGAGCUGACGGGAAAUCACACCAGAGGAAUGAUGAUAGUGGACACUGUGGGGUUUCUGAAGAAGACCCGCAAGGUUUUUAUCAUGAAGAAGGUGGAUAUGGAGAGGUUUAAGCAGAUGAUGAUGGCUGCUUUAAAAUAA